AAUUUGAAUGAAUGAAACGAAGUCAAAACUUUUCAAACGACAAAUUUCUUUUGAUAAGUCAGAGGUGUCGUUCAGCUCAAAUGUUCGCACUCAUCGGAGCUUGGAGAUUGGGGGUGUUCUACAAAUGAAGCGGGUGGAAAAGCAUAACAAGUACCUGGGGCUAGCUACAGAGGCGGGGAGAUCGAAGAAAUUGUUGUUUGAAGACCUCAAGGAGCAUGUUAGGAAAAAGUUAAAAGGAUGGAAGGAGAAGACUCUGUCUGUGACGGCUCGGGAAGUAUUGAUUAAGUCUGUGGCACAAGCUCAAUUCACAUAUGCUAUGUCGGUGUUCAAGAUACCGGACGGAGUGAUUGAUGAUGUCCACAGUAUGAUUAUGAACUUCUGGUAGGGACAACGAGGAGAAGAACGAAGAGCGCAUGGCUUGAGAAGAGAGGAAAUGGUGAGUCCGAAAGAAGAAGGAGGUAUGGGAUUCCAGGACUUACGGGGCUUCAAUAUUGCUCUUUUGGGGAAGCAGUUGUGGAACCUGGUUAAAUGUCCCGACUCCCUCAUAGCAAGGAUUUUAAAGGCAAAAUAUCACAAACGUUCGUCGAUUCUGGAUGCAUCUAUGGGUUAUAGGCCUAGCUUCGUGUGGCGGAGUAUUAUGAGUGCUCAAGAGCUGAUCAAUAAAGGGGUUCGGUGGCGGAUUGGAAAUGGGGUGAACGUACGUAUUUGGGGGGAUCGUUGGAUUCCUACACUACCUGGUCAAUUUGUUCCUACGGCACCAAUGGGACUUCCUGUGGAAGCAAAUGUUUGUGAGCUGGUGGACCCAGAUACAAAUCAAUGGGAUAUCCCUUUAUUAGAGAGCUGUUUUACAAGGGAUACGGUGGAAGCCAUUUCGCAAAUCCCGUUACGUGGAAAUGAGGAAGUGGACACUAUCAUGUGGCAUAAUAAUAAAGAAGGGAAUUAUUCGGUUAGGGAGGGAUACAAGGAAUGGAGUUGUGCAUUCAAAGAGCAGCAUGGGGUGGUUGGUUUUGGGGAAGAGUCGGUGUGGAAGAAGCUCUGGAGCUUGCAAGUUCCCCCCAAAGUAAGACAGUUUAUGUGGCGGUUCGGUCGAGAGAUCUUGCCGACAGGGGUGAUUGUUAGCGAACGCAACCCUCGAUGGGGGGAUCGCUGUCCUUUUUGCGAUCAGGUGGAAACUCAAGUCCAUUUAUUCUCAGAGUGCCAGUGGGCAUCGAGGAUAUGUCGUCAAUUUGAAGUGGUUGGCUGUUUUGCUAGACGAGGAUCGGGAUCUUGUUAUGAGUGGUUUAAAUCGAUGGCAGAAAGUGAGGAUGAAGCAAGCUUAGAGAGUUGGUGUGUACUGCUUUGGUAUCUCUGGAAGGAAAGGAACGCUCAUAUGUUUAAUGGAGCAAAACUACCCGAAGAGGAGAUACCAGUGCGUACAAAGUAUUUUCUGAUGGAUUACAAACAACAUCAACACAGAGAGGAAGUGAUUCCGACCCCUGUAGUGAGGAACGGCUGGCGAAAACCAACUAUGGGUAGGUGGUCUGUGUGCACGGAUGCAGGUGUUCUUCCCACGGGUGACACAGGUCUUGGAGUCGUGAUUCGGGAUGCUGACGCGAAGUUUAAGUAUGCGGCUGCCAAAAAUAUAGCAGGGAAGUGGAGUAGUGAAGAAGUGGAAGCUCUUGCUAUGGAAAUGGGAGUGCAAUUGGCAUAUCAAUUUCAGGUGCAGGAAGUGAUGUUGGAGUCAGAUUGCCUUUCGGUGAUCAAGUGAUUGAAUAACCCAAAUCUAGCUCAAGAUGAAACGGGUGUUGUGUGCCGAAAUGUUGCCCGAUUUCUGGCUUUGAUGGGGAAUAGCAGGCACCAACACAUAUGCAGAGAGGCAAAUAAUGCCGCCCAUAUUAUGGCGCACGCCAAGACGAGGCAAGACGACAGAGUGGUUUGGGUUGAUAGACCCCUUGUUUAUCUGAUUGAUCAGUUUCAGCUGGAUAAUGUAACCGCCAUGUCUGAUAAUAAUAGCUUUACCGUAGGUUUCAGUAAAAAAAAAAAUUUCAAACGACGAGCGACAAAAAAAUAAAACUUUACGAGCCGCCAAAUGGAGUGACCACCACCAACAAAGUUCAGGUUGCAACCUACUUAACAAAAUGAUUCUCUCUCGAUUCUAGAGUAGUUGAAUUGACGGAGUAAUCUAUCAAUUGGUGGGCUAUUAAUAUCGAUUUCUUAGGGGCCGUUUGGAUGCAGCAUUUAAACUUGAUCCCAAAUGCAUGUUUGGAUAGUCAAAAGAUUCCUGGAAUUCAUUGUUUCCAAAUGGUCCACGUUUUCGUUUCAAUUACUUUGCCCAAUUCUGGCGGCAGGCCGCAAGUGAACAUUAUCAUUAGGCCAAACUCUAAAGCCCAAACAUUUUCAACUAACUAAGGAAUUAAAACGAAUUCGGAGUUCUAUACUUCUAUUGAGAAAUAAAAAAAAACCGUGAUCAUUAACAUCGGCAGGCUGGAACUUGGAAGGCAACAUUACUCGGAGACGGAGUCGUUGAAUUGAAUACCUACCUAUUAUUUUUCCUGCACCACUUUUUCUGCGUCGAAUCAGAAUCUGAUACUGUGCUAAUGUCAUGAAUUGUAAUAGUUCAGGCUGGAAGGCUGCCAAACGUCGAAUCAGAAUCUGAUUCUGUACCAUGCAUUCAAAUUGCAGCUUUAUUUUGGUGUGGAGCCGUGGAGGUCUGGAGGACAAGAAAAACAGUUUUUUCUG